CAACAACGACAACACCCACUACCACAACAACACCCACUACCACAACAACCGGUACAACACCUGGUAGUAUAUACACCCAAAGGUGUCAUACUCCUCCCUUAAUCGCCUCGGGCGGGGGCAGGUAUAUCAAUUCAUCAGCCUACAGAUACUGGUGUAAAAGUGGAUUCUCUAUACAGGGCUUUAACUACGUCUACUGUAUAAACAACAAGUGGGUUGGACCUUUUCCUCAGUGUGUUCCUGAAUAUGCCAACCCAGAUGUCGACACAGUUAUCAAAGUCAACAGAGAAAUCAAACAGGCAGAGCCACUUCCAGAUUGGUUUUUGAUGGUCACCCUAGGGUGUUUGGGUGUGGGUGGCCUCACUGCUAUUGUAGGCACGCUGAUGUGUUGUCUACACAUGCUCGGGUGUUAUUCUGGCCCCAUGCUGUCGGUUGGAGCCAGACACGUGUAUCCAAAGUCACACCUCUGUACCUGUCAGGAUUAUUGUUGCUGCUGCUGCAGAUGUUGUAAAUUCUGUAAAAUGUGCUGUGUUGGUGACGAGGGUGACGAGGAUGAAGAAGCUGAUGACGAACAAAAAGUGGCAAUGUUGAAAAAUGAAAACGAUAAUCAAUAUCCUGAAAAUACUAAAGAACCGCUUGUUGAGGACGAUGAAAGUAAAAGGGUUCCAAGUGGCAAAAUUGAAAGAAAACGUCAAGUUCCGAAAGAUGCAUUGGGAAGAAAAAAGAGAGAGAAAAACAUAACUAACCCCUAGGAACAGAAACCAAAGACGACAGCUACAACAAGCGACAAACAAGCGACAAUGGAAGAACCCGGAUGAAGGACUAUCGUUUGUCGUCAGACGUUUUACGUUAUCAUCAUUAUAUAUUUACAUUUGCAUGGCAUUGUCACUAUAUAGUCUAUUUGGAAGCUGUGUCGUUGAUGGGACUUUAAAUACCAUGCACCACGAGACAUAAUUAUCAGCGUAUUUUAAAAUACAACACCGACCGGAACUACAAUACAAUAUUUUUGUAUUACAACCAAAAAACAGACCAAGGUCUGUAAUAUCGUACAAAAUGCUCAUCGCCCGGGUGAAAUAACCAAUGGAAACAAUUUUAACACUCAUGCAAAUUAUCAGAAAUAUCGUCUGUUACACUGCACUGAUCAUCAAGAGUUCGUUACAAAUGUCAGAAAUACACACGCUUCAAAAGCUAUCAUAUGGAACGCCACGACUGUCGUAUCUUCAUUUUCAGCAUUAUGUUGGGUAACAUAUCAUAUGUUGGGUUGACAUGUCAUUAUGUUGGGUUGACAAGUCCUUAUAUUGAGGUAACAUGUCAUUAUGUUGGGUGAACAUGGAAAAGCAUUUAUCAAUAAAUAUGUAAUGUACAUGCAAAAUAUUCUCUAUCUAUAUCACGGAAGUAGAUUACCUAAGUCCGUUUUUAAUGUCACAUCAAGCAGCUUUCUCAUCCGCGUCUGUAUUACUGCAUAGGUAACAUCGACACACUUGGUAUUGUGGACGAAUUUUCUAUCAAUGAAUUCUCACCCAUGUUAUCCGAUGUACAUUCCCUGUUACACAUUAUGUCUGCAUUUGUGUGAUAAAAAUAACAUAUAUGAUAAUUUGAAUACUGGGGUUACAUAAAAUACAAGUAAACCAAGAAAGUGAAAUGAUGACUUUUAAUGUGUUUUUGUAGAUUUUAUAACUGAACAACGCCAUUGUAUCAAUAACCUUGUUAAAUAAUUACGUAAUCACACAAAUGUUGACAAUAGUGGUAAUUCUAUCAACUCUAUCAUUAAUGAUAUAUGUAUGCAUUUGGAACUAACCACGCUAAGCCAAAUUCUGUAAAUAAACAUGUUUUUAAAUUUUAAAAACCUUGGUUUACGAGAGACUGUUAGUCUGCUCGCCAAAAUUAUAGAAAAGUCAAACGGUUAUAAAAAAAGUUUGGUAAUGUUAACCUCAAAGAGAAAAUGUAUGUAAAGGAACGGUUAUAUAAAAACAACACUUAAUCGUUGUGUCAUCAAGCAUAAGUUAGAGAUUAAAAAUAAACUCCGGACACUAAGGUCAAGAAAUCCAAAAGAAUACUGGAAAAUAAUUAAUACAAGUAGUUCCAAAAAAAAGUACUUGUAAGGCUGGUAUUGAAGAUCUUUUUAACUUGUUUAAUUCAUGUUUUAACAAAAAAAUGAAGGUCAGGAUAAUCAUGUGUUUUCUAUUGAUGAGCUUACUGAGCUGUCAAAACUGGAAGCUAAUACUUUUAUAAAUGAGCCAAUACUGCCGAACGAAAUAAUGAAAUGUGUUAAAAUGUUAAAGAAUAAUAAGGCUGUUGGUAACGACAUGCUAUGUAACGAAUAUAUUAAGUCAACCAUUGAUUUUUCAAUUAUAUUUUUAACACUGGUCACGUGCCUGAAACCUGGCUCCUGGGAAACAUCAUCCCUGAACAAUGGAAGUUUGUAUGAUGCCACUAACUAUCGUCCAAUUACUUUGGUUAGCUGUCUAGCUAAAUUGUUUGUAGCUGAAAUUAAUGAACGAUUAAGUAAAUAUGCAGAUAAUGUAGAACUCAUUCUCGAAAAUCAAGCAGGGUUUCGAAGAAAUCACUCCACUAUUGACCAUAUAUUUUCACUUCAUGCAUUAAUUGUGCCUUUAUAGAUUUUGAAAAAGCUUUUUGAUAGUGUUUGGAGAAAAGGCCUUUGGAACAAACUUUUGGUUAAUAAUAUAGAUGGAAAAUGUUUCCGAAUUAUUACAAAUAUGUACAAUGACAUUAAGGCUAGAGUGAUGAAAGAUGGUGAAUGUAUUCCCUUGUACUAAUUGUCUUUAAACGUAUGUUCCUAUAUGGAACGCAAUAAUAUUAAUGAACUUGUAAGUAACUCUUUUCCAAGCUUUCGGGCUUAGCCCUUCGUCAGGGAUUAAAUGUCACUGGACCUCUAAGUCACAUCCAUCUUGACAAACAUGCUGAGUAACUAACCCCAUAACCAACCCAUCAUUUCCAUCCAGGUGAGCUAAAAGAGAUCACGGCCUAUGUUUAUUACUGAGAUGAUGAUGGGUGUUACCAUUAUUUAAGCACUCCUUAAUUUGUAUCAAGCUGAUGAUGAAUAUCCAAGCCAAAUUGGUUAUAUAUAGCAAACAAUCAUUCUGGGGCUGUCAUAUCCAACGUUGACCUGGACGGAUUCUGGACCAAGACGACUGCCGGGGAACAGUUCCUGCUUUUUGAUGAAGAUGACUCGCGCAUCAUCAGUUUCGCUACUAUGGACAACCUCUUCGACCUUGCCAAUGCUGACAACCUCUACUGUGAUGGAACUUUCUGCACAUGCCCUAAACUCUUCUAUCAGAUAUACACCAUCCACGGACUGAUUGACGGAAAGAUGUACCCACUCAUCUACUCACUACUAUCAGGCAAGACCCAGCAGUUGUACACCCGGUUCCUGACACUACUGAAAACAACCAUGACCGACCUCAACCUACCUCUCAACCCAACAACAGUGUGCGUUGACUUCGAGACUGCAGCACACAACGUUCUACGACAAGUGUGGCCUAACAGUGUAAUAUAAAUUGAUAUGAUUAAUAUGCAGUGACGGUUGUAUGUUUAAAAAUUGUAAUAUAAUUGAAACGUAAUCAUUAUGUAUAAGUAGUGAAAUACUCGAUUGUGAACUCUUAUGUAGUGCUGUUAUAUUCUAUAUUAUCUGUUUAA